AUGGAGGAAGCGGCUGGAGAAGACGAAGUGGGUUUCUGGGUUUUGGCUGAAAUCUGCUCCUCAGAUGGAGAAGACGAAGUUGAUCUAUUGAAGAAUGAGCUUGGAUUUGAUGAGGCUUUUAACUAUAAAGAAGAGGCUGACUUGAAUGCGGCUUUCAAAAGGUAUUUCCCUGAAGGCAUUGAUAUUUACUUUGACAAUGUUGGAGGCAAAACGCUAGACGCAGUGCUCCUCAACAUGAGAGUCCAUGGCCGCAUUGCUGUAUGUGGAAUGAUCUCACAGUACAAUCUUGAUCAAGCAGAAGGGGUAACAAAUUUGAUGCACCUUGUGUACAAACGUAUCCGCCUCCAUGGAUUUUCGGUAAGAGAUCACUAUCACAUCCAUCCGAAAUUCGUGGAGUUUAUGCUGCCUUACAUUAGGCAAGGAAAGAUUGUUUAUGUGGAAGACAUAGUUGAAGGCCUUGAGAGUGGUCCAAGAGCGCUGGUUGGACUUUUUAAGGGUCUUAACUUUGGAAAACAAGUAGUUGACGUCUCUGCAUGA